GUUCUUGAAGAUGCCGAGGAGAAGCAAUUAAAAGACAGGGCGAUCAAGAAUUGGCUGCGAAAGCUUAAAGAUGCAGUUUACAAGGUAGAUGAUAUCUUGGAUGAGUGUUCAACAAAAGCAUCAACAUUUCAGUAUAAAGAAUUGGCAAAGAGAUCAAAGCAGUCAAAGAAAAUUUGGAUGAAAUAGCCGAAGAGCGAAGGAAAUUUCAUUUGCUUGAAGUAGUUGCAAAUAGGCCUGCUGAAGUAAUAGAAAGGUGCCAAACCGGCUCCAUUGCUACUCAAUCUCAAGUGUAUGGAAGAGAUCAGGAUAAAGAAAAGGUUAUCGAUUCUUUGGUAGAUCAAAUAUCAGAUGCUGAUGAUGUUUCGGUUUAUCCUAUAAUAGGGAUGGGAGGGCUCGGAAAGACGACACUUGCUCAAUUAGUUUACAAUGAUGAAAGGGUGAAGAGGCACUUUGACUUACGAAUUUGGGUUUGUGUUUCUGGCGAGUUUGAUGUGAGGAGAUUGGUAAAAACGAUAAUAGAAUCUGCAUCUGGAAAUGCUUGUCCAUGCUUAGACUUGGAUCCUUUACAGAGACAACUUCAAGAAAUCCUGAGUGGGAAAAGGUAUCUGAUUGUUUUAGAUCAUGUGUGGAAUGGAGAUCAAGACAAGUGGGAUAGACUGAAAUUUGUAUUGGCGUGUGGAUCGAAAGGUUCUUCAAUCAUAGUCACUACUCGUAUGGAGAAGGUCGCAUCUGUGAUGGGAACUCUGCCUGCACAUAACCUCUCAGGUUUAUCAGAAGCUGAUUGCUGGCUGUUGUUCAAGGAACGUGCAUUUGAAUGCAGAAGAGAAGAACAUCCAAGCAUCAUAUGUAUUGGACAUGAAAUAGUAAAGAAAUGUGGAGGUGUGCCUCUUGCUGCAAAGGCCUUAGGAAGCUUGAUGCGCUAUAAAAAUGGAGAAAACGAAUGGCUUUCUGUUAAGGAGAGUGAAAUUUGGGAUUUGCCACAAGAUGAAUGUUCCAUCAUGCCAGCCUUGCGGUUGAGUUACUCAAAUCUUCCUUUAAAAUUGAGAAAAUGUUUUGUUUAUUGUGCUAUAUUUCCAAAAGAUUGUGUAAUCCACAAGGAAGAUAUAAUUCUCCUUUGGAUGGCUAAUGGGUUUAUUUCAUCUACUCGGAGAGAGGAACCAGAAGAUGUUGGCAAUGAGAUAUGCAGUGAAUUAUGCUGGAGAUCCCUUUUUCAAGAUGUGGAGAAGGAUAAACUUGGGAGCAUCAAACGAUUUAAAAUGCAUGAUCUUAUCCAUGACCUUGCCCACUCAGUGAUGGAGGACGAAUUUGCCAUUGCCGAAGCUGAAAGCUUAAUUGUUAACUCUAGACAAAUUCACCAUGUCACACUGCUUACUGAACCACGGCAGUCAUUCACCAUUCCUGAAGCUCUCUAUAAUGUUGAAUCGUUAAGGACAUUGUUGCUGCAACCCAUUCUCCUGACAGCUGGAAAGCCUAAGGUAGAGUUCUCUUGUGAUCUCUCCAGAUUAACUACUUUGCGAGUAUUUGGUAUAAGGCGGACCAAUCUAAUGAUGCUGUCAUCUUCAAUUCGCCAUUUGAAACAUCUAAGAUAUUUGGACCUUUCUUCAACCUUGAUCUGGAGGCUCCCUGAGUCAGUAAGUAGCUUGCUUAAUUUACAGACAUUGAAAUUAGUAAACUGUGUUGCUCUUCAGAGAUUGCCUAAGCACAUAUGGAAGCUGAAAAAUCUUCGGCAUCUUUAUUUGAAUGGUUGUUUCUCAUUGACUUAUAUGCCACCCAAAAUUGGGCAAAUAACUUGUUUGAAGACUCUUAAUCUUUUCAUUGUCAGAAAGGGUUCAGGCUGUCACAUUAGUGAGUUAGAAGCCUUAGAUCUUGGAGGAAAGCUGCAUAUCAGACACCUUGAGAGAGUUGGCACUCCUUUCGAAGCAAAAGCAGCCAAUUUGAAUAGAAAGCACAAGCUUCAGGACUUGAGAUUGUCUUGGGAAGGUGAGACUGAAUUUGAACAGCAGGACAAUGUCAGGAAUGUACUGGAAGCCCUUGAACCUCACUCAAAUCUUGAAUAUCUGGAGAUAGAAGGAUACAGAGGUAACUAUUUCCCAUAUUGGAUGAGAGAUCAAAUUCUUCAAAAUGUUGUUUCCAUUGUGCUAAAGAAAUGCAAGAAAUGUUUGCAACUUCCACCUUUGCAGCAGUUACCUUCAUUGAAAUAUCUUGAGCUACAUGGAAUGGAUCAUAUAUUGUAUGUUGACCAAAAUUUUUAUGGUGAUCGGACGGCCAAUGUAUUUCCAGUGUUAAAGAGCCUCAUUAUCGCUGAUUCUCCAAGUUUGUUAAGGUUGUCCAUACAGGAAGAAAAUUAUAUGUUUCCAUGUCUUGCUUCAUUAUCCAUUAGUAAUUGCCCCAAGUUGUCCUUGCCCUGCCUUUCUUCACUUGAAUGUUUAAAAGUGAGGUUUUGCAAUGAGAAUCUACUAAGCUCAAUUUCAAACCUGCAAAGCAUAAAUAGCCUUUCCAUUGCUGCCAAUAAUGACCUAAUUUGCCUUCCCCAUGGGAUGCUACAUAACCUCAGUUGCCUUCAUUAUUUAGAUAUUGAAAGAUUCACUAAGCUUAAAGGGUUGCCCACCGACCUUGCCAACCUUAGUUCUCUACAAUCUUUAUUCAUUUCUGAUUGCUAUGAGCUUGAGUCUUUCCCAGAGCAAGGGCUACAAGGUUUGUGCUCUCUUAAACAUUUGCAACUCAGAAACUGUUGGAAGUUCAGUUCUUUAUCAGAAGGGUUACAGCACCUCACUGCGCUCGAGGGGUUGGUUCUUGAUGGAUGCCCUGACCUGAUAACUUUUCCAGAAGCAAUUGAACACCUUAACACCCUUCAGUAUCUAACCAUUUCAGGCCAACCCACAGGAAUUGAUGCAUCAGUGGAUCCUACUAGCACUCAAUUUAGACGCCUGACAGUUCUUCCCGAAAGUUAUGGAGAACCGAUUAACUAUGUUGGCUGCCCAAAGUUGGAAGUCUUGCCUGAGACCUUACAACAUGUACCUGCUCUACAAUCCUUGACAGUUUCAUGUUAUCUAAAUAUGGUAUCAUUUCCUGAUUGGCUUGGAGACAUCACAUCUCUUCAAUCUCUACAUGUUUUCAGUUGCACAAAGUUGGCAUCUUCGCCAUCCAUUAUUCAAAGGCUCACCAAGUUGCAGAAUUUGGACAUUCAACAAUGUCCUGCUCUCUCAAAGCGAUGUGAGAAGGAAACAGGAGAAGACCGGUGCAAAAUAAGGCAUGUUUCAAAUGUGCACAUCUAUCCCUCAGCCCAAAACUAAAGCUAAAGCCAGAUCAUUUAUGUCAUUCUGAUCAGAGAUUUCUUCCAUAUUUGAUUAGCUAGCCCCUUUUCUUGUGUUCAUAUUUGGCAUUUUCUUUCACUUAUGAUUCUUUAUCUUGCAUGGAUCUUGUACAGAUAUGAUAGGGUAUACUCAGAAGGCUGCUAUUACAUCAAAUUAUGUGAGAAUGGAAAUUCAAGGCAAGUCUGUCUGAUACUUUUAUAAAUGAAAUGAUGUCUUAAAUAUGUAAUUUUCUUAUACUUCAGGAAAUAAAAGCCAUAACCAUGAAGCAAAUGGCUCUGGUCUAUUUUGAUUAUUA